AUGCCCUCUCUCUCCUCCUCCUACACCUUUGAUUCCUUCUCCAAAUCCCAGGAACUAUCCUCUGUCAUACCAUCUGCGAACAACCCUUCCCAAAUCGCAUCUGCGUGCGCCUCCAUCGACUCCUUCCUACACUCUCACUCACCCAACCAAUCCCGCCACUUCUUCUCCCUCGCCUUCCCUACCCUAAUCUCCAAGCUCUUCGGCUUCAACGACCCCGCCUUUGCCAAUGCUUGGAUCCACCACCGCCACUCCGACGACCUCGCUCAAACCCUCUUCUCCCUCCUCUCCCCUGCCGGCACCCUCGCCGCUACCAUCGUCGCCAUUGACCGCCUCUCCCUCGUCAAAUACGUUUUCCCCACCAAACACCUCCCUCACUGGACCUGCUCCCUCCUCCUCAACGAAAAUAAUGUUGUUGAUUCUUGCCCCCUCUCCGAUCUCUGCCCCUCCCUUUUCAAGCCCUCCCCUUCUCCCUCCCAAAUCCAGCUCAACGUCUUCGAAUACUUUUUCUUUUGGUUCUUAAGUCCACUUUCAUCAGUUCCUCUGGUAUCUCUUGUUGGUUUUGGACUGUAUGAGUUAGGGUUCCCUGAGUCAGGGAGUUGGCAUUUUGUUAUCAGGAUUGUUUGGAACAGUCAAUGGAUCCUUUGUGUCCUUCUCGCAUUUGUGUCUUAUCGACUCUCUCCUUGUGCUGGAAAUGGUUAG